AUGGCUCCUUCAUCCUCUGCAGACUCAGUGAUCAACUCGAGCUUCACAGUGAAGAACUGGGUCGCCCACGUCAAUGGCAGCCUCGACCAAGACCUCGAAAGCGUCACAGAACACUCCUUCAGCAUUUUCCAAGUCCCAGGCAACCUCAGAUCCCAAAACCCAGAAGCCUACGCUCCCCAGCUGAUCGCCAUAGGCCCUCUCCACCAUUUCAAGCCAGAGCUCUACCCAAUGCAGACGUUCAAGCUCGCCGCGGCGAAACGGGCACACAGCUCCCUCCAUCUCCCCUCAUUCCCGGAGUUCGUCCGGUGCCUGUCCACAUUACUGCCCGCGAUCCGCUGCUCUUACGACAAGCACCUGGAAAUCUCCGACGAAGCCUUGGCGUGGAUCCUGGCGAUUGACGGUUUAUUCCUGCUCGACUAUCUGCACAAUUAUGGGGAGCUCCGUCACAGUUCCCGGCGUCACUUCCUUGACUCUUCCGAGAGAAAGGUCAACGGAGAUAGCGUAGUGAAAGAUGUCCUGAUGCUGGAAAACCAAAUCCCUCUUUCCCUGCUCAUGGAGGUAGAAACCAAGUACGCCGAUUCCUCCAUCUCCGAGCCUUUAACUGUGCUGUUAUUUGACUUCUGUUGCAAGCUGUCGCCUUUCGACCUGCACGAGACGUACCCGGAUGUCGGCCUUAUCGAGCCGCGGCACUUGCUGGACGUUAUGUACCAGUUGAUUUGGCUGAAAGACAAACCUCUGGAUGAACGGGCGAGAAUGGGGAGGACAACAAAGGCUGCAAUCAGAAUAGCAGAGGAGUUUGUCGCCGAUCUCUGGGACGAAGCGAAAGAUGCCAACAUCGGUCUGAUUCAGUCUGUGGCGGCGCCAGUGGAUCGUGUCGUCCGCUUGUCGAAAGCUCUGGGGAUCUCCGACCGGUUGAGGAAGGCGAUUGGAGAGGACGAGGAAGAGGUUCUGCUCCCCACGGCUUCCCAGUUGAGAAGCGUCGGCUUACAGUUUGGCUGUACUAGAGAUGGCAUCCGAAGCCUCCGUUACGACACCAAUUUGAAAAUGCUGUGGCUUCCGGCGUUCACCUGGAACCCCAACUGCGAGGUGCUGAUCAGAAACCUUGUGGCUUACGAGUUGAUGGCGAAGUCGGAGAAUCUGAUCGUGAACCGGUGGGUUCAGCUGAUGAGUUGUUUGGUCAGGAGUGCAGCCGACGUGAUGAUGCUGAAGGAAGAGAGGAUCAUCGUACUUCCGACGGAUACUGAGGAUGGGAAGAUUGUGGAGCUAUUUGCUGGGAUGGCAGGGAGUGGUAAUCCGGAAGACAAGACGGGUUUUGAUGAUCACGUCAAGGGAGUGAAUGAGCUCUACAACAGCCAUAGGAAGAUCAAGAUGUCGAAGGUGGUGAAGAAGUAUCUGAAGGUUUCGUGGGAUGUUGCUAAGGUGAUGGCUGCUGUGUUGCUGUUGGUGAUGUUAGGUGUUCAGACAUUCUGCGACGUGUACAAGUGCCAUUGA